CAAAACGAAUCAAAUUACAUCAAUCUGUUAAGAACGAAACAACAUUUCGGCAAACUAUCCUAAAGAAUUUCCAAUCUUGGAAACGAUGCAGACCGGAAAAUUGUGGUUGGCUCUGGUUUCGCCGGUGGUAGUUCAGCGUGUCGCAUAAUCUAAAGCAUGUCAAUCGGUUUUCCGUGAGCCAUGUCCAGCUUCGAGUUCCUACCCUUCGAGAUUUGCUGUCUGAUUUUCGACUAUCUGAGCGUAGGUGACUUGAAAAAUGCUUCCCUCACCUGUCGACGUUGGUGCCAUAUCAUCUUUUCGGACUACUACAUCCGAAGGUUUAUGCUCCGGAUCAACCUGCACAGAAUGGUCAAGCCGACGGGAUCUCCCGUUAUGUCCUCGGGACGAUCACGUGUCUCCGGACCCAGUUCAUUUCCCUGUUCGCUGUAUCAACGGUGUCGAAUGGGCAAGGGAAAAUCCAAAUGCGAACUUCGUCAAAUGUCGAUGGUCCUUCGGCGGUCCUGCCGACACUACUGUAACAUUACCUUCGUUUGCGAUAAUCGUAGUGAAUUCACGGACAACGUGUUCAACGUUAUACUGAACCUGCUGAGACCUAGCGGAUUGGAGCGAGUGGAGAUCCUAAAAAUCAUCCUUUCUUCAAAUUUGAAUGUCCUAGUUACAAUUCUGAACAGUGCAAUUAGAAACAUGACACGGUUGAACAGUUUCCACUUGAUAUACGAUCCCCAGCGGAGACUACAGUGUGGCGAUCAGGUGCGACCCUGUGUAGUGAUUGAAAGUGAAACCAUUACGCACAUUGAACUGAAGUCGGUCAUUCCGGAGCAGAUGCGGCUCCCCAAGCUGAACUCCCUGGACGUCAGUCUACAACCAGGGAUUGCCGGAAUAAUCGGAAGCGUAGCGCAUAAUCUGACAACGCUACAACUUCAGCUGGAUUGCACUUCGGCGAGCUGUGGGGAAGAAGAAAUCUACGCCCUCACUCUAGAUCGUUUGAAAAUCCUGAAACUAAGCCGAGGAUUCAUGAACGAGUUCAGUUUCCCCAUCCAAGUGAGCUCCAAUCGGCCAGGCUUGAAGCUGCGCUUCUUUCGACACCUGGACAAACUGGAGAAGCUGAUUCUCGAAGAGAAAUACACCGCAGAGAACAUUUUCCUAGCAAUCUGUGAAACUUCGCGCAAUUUAGUAGAGCUCAAAAUAGAUCACCUUAAGGUUGUAAACUGCACCGUACUCGAUAGGCUAUCGCUUCUGCAAAAUCUCAAAACUCUUUCGCUACCAAAUAUCUACUCUUCGCAUGAAAUCUCCUUCCACUACGUCUAUCUGCCGAGGCUGGAAUGCCUUCAUUUGGAAGUUUUCAAAGAUUCCUCGUACUCGUUCAGUAAAUUCGUGAAUCUAAAACGCCUUACAGUAGGAUCGUACUCUUCGCAUGCUUCGGAGAUUAUCGAUAUCAUCUCGAUGCACAUUCAACGGCUGCAUGAGCUGCGGUUGUACUUCUUGGACUACGCCGUCGUACCAUCGCGGACGUUCCGUAAGCUGACCUACCUUGGGCAGCUACGGAAGCUGGAACUGAUCAAGGGUCACCUGAGAAGGGACGUCUUCGGAAGGUGCCCGCCCGGACUGAGCGAGCUGGAGACGAUCGUGUUCGACUAUUGCCAGCUGGAAACGGAACAGUUCGAUGGACUGAGGGACAAGUUCCCGAAACUGAAGGACGUUCGGUACGUGGAUUGUCAAGUGCGGGGACGGAUGCCUUACCCGGCGCUGACCCUGCACUCCUCCGACUACUGAAGUCAGUUGGGCUUAGUUUUCUCACUGAACUUUCGGCUCAAAUUCCAUUGAACUGUUCUGGACCGCAGUGACAUUAAUUGCUGUACAUCUCAAGCCUGGCUAAUUGGGUGGGCGACCGUUGGGUGAGCACUGUGCAGAAGUGAUGAUAGAUUAAGGUGGAUAGAAUGAAUUUACAGUUUUUAUCGUUAAUAAAGUUUUGUUGAUGCAAUCCGUUAGUUGAGUGGUUUGAAUU